AUGCUCAUCAUCAACACCAUCCUCCUCGCCUUGCAUGCCACCAUCGGAGCGUCGGCACCGGUCCUCGACGGCGACAGAAUGCAAGUUGAGCAUCAAGGCGACAGGUCAACCUAUUGGUACCUCCCUGAGCACAACCCCAUGACAACAAAACACCUCGGCUUCCGGGUCAUCGUCCAGGCGGUAAAGGGGCCCGAGAGGGUCGACAAGGCCACGAAGGGUAAGGCUUCGAGAGAGGCUGCGGCUACCAAGACUACGGCUACGACAAAGGAUACAGCUCGACCGCAUGUUCGUCGCAACAACAACGCACAAGAGGGAUCUGGCAAGAUUGGUCUCCUCGAAUCUAUUGCACUGGCUGUCGGCAUCGACCCCAAGUCCAUCUCAGAGUAUCUGAACAACCUACGGAACGAUUUCCCCGUCCAAGUUCAUGGCGCGCUGCCAACUUGUCUCAACCAGGCCGCUCGGCAAAGCCUUACAGCUAUCGAAGCUUCACUGUCCAGUAUCCCCAAAUGCAUGAGUGCCACCGGCGACGAGAUCGAGAUCAGCACAGAUGGCGUCGAGGUUGACGCAGAUGGGCUGCCUGUGUGUCUUGAUAAGGCGGGCCAGGAUACUCUGGACUCUAUCCAAAAUGCACUCACCAACUUGGGCGACUGUGCGACUGCGACUCCCUUGUCCAGGACUUAG